AUGGAACAGAUUUCAGAGUACCUAUACCAUAUAGUUCUAACAAUCUCUCAUCUCACCAAAAAUCCCAACAACCUCGUUGAAAAAGUGCGCGUUCUUGGGAGCUACACAUCUCUGCCAGCGGCCAAAGUCGCGGCACACAGCUGCCUGUUCGACGCCGGCUACGAGCGAGAGUUCUUCACUAAGUACGAAGUCGAUUCAACUGAUUUCGAAAAACAAGAUCUUGUUCAGCGCCCUGGCCUGGCAGUGCUUGCUGUAGCCGCAGAUGGGACUACAUUUCGGGUGCGGAUUGACACGACCCCCAAUAACAUGCGCCUUACGACAGAGCUUGAGGAUGGUAGAAUAUCAAUCCCGUUGUACUAUGUAAUUCAGACUACUGUCGUGUAUAACGGGCAAAAGGAGGCAACCAGUGUCCGAGACCUGAACAUUGAGGGGACGUUCAAAACAUAUGAUGAAGCUCGGGCUUUUGCAAAGCAGGUUCUACUGUCCACGGAGGACAAUGUCACCAAAGACAGUUUCGCGGAGUAUGAUGAGGCCGCACCUGAUGAGAAAGAUUGCGGAUAUGGAGAAAACGUGAUUGUGCAUGCAGCUAGUAAUUAUGGGGAAAAUUUCUUGAUUAGUGUCAUUCAGACUCAAGAACUAAAAAAUGUUGCUUUAACAGAGGCAGCGAUGAGAAUUGCUUGA